GAGAAAAUAAAAGAACUCCUCAUCAUUCAGAACAAAUAUCUUCUGGACGAAGCGCAAGGCCUUAGAAAAAUGGCUGACUGGACCCAACUCCCGCCCGAUCUCCUGCAAGUUAUCGCCGAUAACCUCACCGUCUACUCUGACUAUCUCCGAUUUCGAGUCGUCUGUCAGAGCUGGCGAUCAUCGGUCCCCAAAAUCCCUCGCCGUCUUCCUCCCCAGCUCCCCUGGCUCAUAAUUCCUCUGUACCACGACUCCCGCUGCGGCUUAUUCAACUUUUCUGACAACAAAAUCCACUUCCUUCACCUCCCGGAGGCUUCUCUCGGGAAGCGCCGGUGCGGUUCUUCCCACGGCUGGCUUGCGAUCCUCGACGAAACUCCGACAAUCCUCCUCCUCAACCCCUUAACCAGGGCCAAGCUCCGUCUGCCUCCGCUCUCCACGUUCCCCAACGUCGUCUCUUUCGAUUACUCCAGAGUUGGCCGAGAAUACCUGAUCCGUACACCCACUGGGCACAUCUACAGCCGGAAUUUGCGGCAGAUGCGCGAUUCUUUUGUCAAGAAAAUCGUUCUGUCCUCAAGUCCAUCGAAUCAGAACGAUUUCUCGGCCGUGGCGAUUCUGAAUCAUAGCGGCGAUUUGGCAUUUUGCCGGAGUGGCGGUGAAUCCUGGACGUUCGUCGAUGAUGCACCGUCCGAUUGCGAAGAUAUUGUUUACUCCGACGGGCUGUUCUACGCGGUGGAUAAGCACGGGGUCAUUUCAGUGAUGGAUCUACGCGGUUCCCGCUCUGAAGUUUCACUGGUUACUACAGGAAGCCAAUCGGCCGGUGAUAUACAAUAUUUGGUAAAAUUAGGGCGCGAAUUACUGCUGGUGAGUCGGUAUUUGGAUAUCAUCAACGACGCCAUGGUUGACGAGCUGAUAUCUGUAAUCUAUCGUACGGUACGAUUUGAGGUAUUCCGAAUGGAAUGGGAAGGGCCGCGAUGGGAGAAGGUCGAAAAUUUGGAUGAAAUGGCACUGUUCGUAGGGGGGAACUCUUCUAUGGCUUUCUCUGCAUCUGAUUUUGGUGGAAUCUCAGGGAAUUGUAUAUAUUAUACGGACGAUUACUCUGACACCGAUUACCAGGGACAGGGUGAAGAACCGGAUAUGGGGAUUUUCCGAUUGUGCGACGGAAGCUUCGAGCAGCUGCCGUAUUACUCCGGCGGCUCUCAUUCCCGACGCCGUUUACUUCCACCGAUUUGGGUAACUCCGAAUCCUUGCUAAUUGUGCGUUUCCGGAUCGUUUCAAUUGAAUAAUUAAUUGCAUUUCAUCAGUGAUCAAUACAAUCACAAAUUGAAAUUUUCUAAAUAAAAGUUGCCAUUUUCUUUGGUU